GGUUUCUUGGUCUAAUUUCCUGAAAGAUGGGUUGCAUGAACGCAGCGAAACGACGUGCCAAAAAGGCCAAAAAGCGUCAAGAGCUCGAAGAAGCCAAGAAGGCUACCGAAAACAGCUUGGUUUCAGAGCAUCCUCUUGCUGUUGUUCAGGAGACACUUGAUAACAAUGCCAGCACUCUCAAGGAGGAAGAGGAUCAUUCCCGAAUCAGUGACUUCAAAGCCUUUAUGGAUGAAUCAGAUACCAAGGUCUCCACUUUUACUCCUAAUUUUACGAAGCCCAUCUUCCCUAAGGAUCUUUUUCUGCAGAUUUUUGACAUCCUUUUGAAAGAUAUACCAAGGGGCAACUUUGCAGAAUCAGAGAAAAACAUUGUGCAAAGUAUUGUAGCUGCAAUUUGUCUGGGCCUCACGAAUACUGAAAAUUGGGCUCUUUUGCACCGUGCCACCAAGACUCCUCGGACUUGGCCUAUAUGGGUUGCCCUGCGAGGAUUCAGCAAGUAUACAAAAACUCGUCGUCUGGCAUUAGAAAAAUGCCUCAUACCUCAACUUCAAUCCUGGAUGCUGCCCAAAUAUCGAGUGGCACGAAUUGCAAACCUCGGACAUGGCAGCGUUCUAGAUUUUGAAGUUCCGCGCCAUACUCAUGGCAACACGCUGUUCUUAUCCCGCGAAAUCUAUGGAGAUGGCCUUGACUGGGAUGAGGAAGAGAUAAGAUUAGUGAGGCGAUAUACGGACCGAAAGAUAAUCCUACACAGAGCACACUGUUACCCACGCGAGAAAAGACCCAUGAAUCUAUUAGACUCUUACUUUGGUACGACAUAUGAAUCGGAUUCAUCACCAUCUUUCCCUUAUACUACAUGGUCUUCUAAGCUUCCACGCGAACUUAGACCGCCCAAGCCUUUUGGUAUGGGUGAGGAUUGGUAUGAGGCUGCAGCUAUCAGUUAUUACAACAAGGUUGUCGUCUUCUGGAAAGGAUGGGACGGAGAGGGAACACAGAGAGCUUGGUCCUAUUUCCAGAAGACAGAUGUUCAUGCAUGGGCAAUGAACAGGGAUAGCGAUGAGAGUCAUGCACCUGAGGUAUUGAAAGUCAAGAAAGAGUUGAGGAAAGUAGAGUCUACAUACAAUCCCCCACGUGGCCUUGUCAGCAGAAAGAGCAAAAGUAAGGCAAAGGAAAAGUAACCCGCAAACUUAAAUUCUUUCAAUUGGGGGAUUAGAUAAGAUAUUUGUAUUCUAAAGAAAGGCCAUUAAAGCUCUAGACCUUGAAAAAGGAAUUUUGUAGAUGAUUGUGGAGAUUGUGAUAGGAGGCGGUGUUUGACCGUUCAUAGAAUCAAAUGUCUUUCAGCUGAUGUUUCUCAUUUGAUAACAAUCAAAUACAUACUACAAACAAGAUUUUCACUUUAUGGCUGUUCUAUUUGUUCUUAUUGGAAAACAAAUCCUGUGUCUUGACAAAAAUGGCCAACAUCAUACGUGUCCUUUAAAUUUGCUAUUGCUUUCAGAAAAAAAGAAGUGUGUUUCCUACUUGAUACUUUAAUGAUUUGCUGUCUACCUAGGUAAUCUUCAGGUAUAGUUUCAAUCUUUGCCGAUAAUGACUUACUGUGUUUCAAUGAAUUGAUGAAGCUUCUAAUGCAAACCACUGUAUCACAACAACAAUUGAUUGCAUGGUGCUUGAUUUUCGGAAGAAAAAUGGUGUAAAACAAAAGAUCAACAGAACUAGAGUUUGCUCCCAGUAUUUAGCAAAAGUGUUAAUGGGUAGCCCUCCCACAUCUUUCACUUACAUAGGUAGGUAGUUCUUAUUCUAUCAACUUCGUGUUAGCUGUUCCUUGUUCUUAUUCUAGCGCAUAUGGUGUCAUACGCUGUUAUUUCCUGUCAUCCUAAAAAUCCUUUGAAUUUCUAUAUCAUAUUAACA